AUGAGAAAAGUGAGACCCCAUAUAGGUGGAUUGGUGCCGGUUGCAAUCACUAGAUGUAUGACGAAGAAUGCUCCUAAAAGGGUUCCUUGCGUACCGAGUGUGGAGACACCCUUGUUCACUAAUUUUCAGAAGUGGGCAGGCAAGAAAAAGAUGCUGUAUUUCAGUAGAGAUGAUAUCUCUAGAUCAAAGCCAUUAAUGCUGCCUAAUUUUAAUCUAAACGGUAAUAUGUUUGCUCAGAUGCUUCAGAAGCCUAUAAGAUUGGAUACCUUAUCACGAGUUAAAGUUCCCAGAGCUUUUCUUGUACAAUUAAAAGUGCAUAAAUUGGCAGUGAAUAACGAAAAUAAAAAAUUAAUAGAGCUGGCGCCGGCUAUUAUCAGUGGCAGUCAUUCGAGUAGCUCGUAUGUACCACUUAGUAGACAGGCGUUGGCUACGAUGAGUUUGUCUCAACUGCUGCCGAGCUCCGUGAAAUAUUCUAAGAUGAGGCAUUUUGACGUUAGCGAGGUUGCUAUGGAUAGGGAUAAGUUGACGACAGGGUAUGAGGAAAAACUGGUAAAUUUGGUGACUGAUGGUCUUAAGGAGUUGGUUGGGAUAUUUGGGGAUGAGGCUGAUGUGGGGCUGGAGAAUUGGGAUAUUCUGGUAACGUACGACGAACGAAAUUCCUAUGACAUGGAACUACGCCAAUUUGAGGAUUUGGCCGGUAAGCCCGUGAUAAUAAUCUUUAAUCUACGAUUUCUACGAAGUGAAGAGUUAGAUAGGUUGAUCAAUGUGGAGCUUAAAACUCAUGAGUAUGGUAUAAUUUUGAAGAUACCGAAAAAUGAAAAUCUAAUCAAAUUUAUGUACAAUCUGAUAGCCUUCAAAACUUGUUAA